AUGUUGCACUUAAACAACACCGAGAAUGAAUACACUGUUGGUAGUAGCGAGUGGAGCGACGGUUCUCGUUCGGAUUUAGUGCUGGGACCCAGAGGCCCGACAAAACAAUUGCCACCCAUCAUCAUCGAAGUAGAGCAAAGCGUCGAUAAAGACUUCAUAAAGCGCGUAAACCAUUAUUGUUUGCAAGCAUACAACAAAUACAAAUGCGAUCCACUCGUUUUAAUCAUCUGUGUGGAUAAAUUGUCCACUUAUGUCAUGGAGACCAAGACACCGUCCAGUGUCACAGAUUGUCACAGUUUCCCCUCCAACCCUUGGGCAAAAGACUGCCUUAUUGUCUCGAAAAUAAACCUGGAAGAAUGCAAUCAUACUCCCCCACUUGACCGAUUUGUCACCCUUGGUCUGUUUUUCAUUUAUCAUGCGAAAAUGCCAGUCGAAGCUGAAUGUCGCCAAGAUCAUACCAUAAAGCGACUCUACGAAUUAGCCCACCAAUAUAUCAAAGCAAGACAGAAAGUCGAGAGGUUUUGCAGGUUACCAAUCAGUGCCUGGAGCGCAGAUACGAUGAUAAUUCUGGUCCAUCUUCACAUGAAGAGUCAAAUUUACAGAAAGAGGAGGAUACAAUGGUGGCGUCAGGCAGCGCAUGCCGUGAUAAAGUCGGGAUGGAGUUUGUGA